CCAGCAGAAGCUCCAGAACUCUCGCCCACUUGCCUGCCUCUGCUGUGUCUUUGCCCACUGAAUAGCCAUGAGAAGGCAACUCCGGUCCAGAAGGGCUCCAGCCUUUCCUUACGGCUAUCGCUACAGACUUGAUGAUCAGGAUGAAGUGAACCAGAACUACUUAGCAGAUGAAGAGGAGGAAGCAGAAGAAGAGGCUCGGGUGAUGGUGGUGCCUGAAUUGGAGGAGGAGGAAGAAGAGGAGGAGAAAGAAGAAGUAGAAGAGGAGGAAAAGGAGGAGGAAGAGGGUCAGGGACAGCCAGCAGGCAAUGCCUGGUGGCGGAAAUUGCAGAUCCUGAACGAAUACCUGUGGGAUCCGGAGAGAAGGAUGUCUCUGGCCCGAACAGGCCUGAUCUUAGUCAUUUACUUCUUCUUCUAUGCCUCCCUGGCUGCUGUGAUCACUCUCUGCAUGUACACACUAUUUCUGACCAUCAGUCCUUACAUGCCGACCUUCACUGAGCGGGUGAAGCCUCCUGGAGUUAUGAUCAGACCCUUCGCCCAUAGCCUUAACUUCAACUUCAACGUUUCUGAACCUGACACUUGGCAGCAUUAUGUGAUUAGCCUAAAUGGCUUUCUCCAGGGUUAUAAUGACAGUCUUCAAGAGGAAAUGAAUGUAGAUUGUCCCCCGGGGCAGUACUUCAUCCAAGAUGGCAAUGAGGAUGAGGACAAGAAGGCCUGCCAAUUUAAGCGCUCCUUCCUGAAGAACUGCUCUGGUCUGGAGGACCCUACUUUUGGAUACUCUACUGGACAGCCCUGUAUUCUUCUAAAGAUGAACCGGAUUGUAGGCUUUCGUCCUGAGCUUGGAGAUCCUGUGAAGGUUUCCUGCAAAGUUCAGAGAGGUGAUGAAAACGACAUCCGAUCCAUCAAUUACUACCCAGAAUCGGCUUCUUUUGACCUCCGCUACUACCCUUACUACGGCAAACUGACUCACGUUAACUACACCUCCCCCCUGGUGGCAAUGCACUUUACAGACGUGGUGAAGAACCAAGCAGUGCCUGUGCAGUGCCAACUGAAGGGCAAAGGCAUCAUAAAUGAUGUCAUCAAUGAUCAUUUUGUGGGUAGGGUAAUCUUUACCCUGAACAUAGAAACGUAAGAACUUUAGGGGACCAAUCCCACCAGUUCUGUUUCUGUUUUAUGUUGUGUUAUCCCUGGUAGCACCUGAAUUCUUUUUCUUUAAUUAGGACACAGCCAGAUGGACACCUAAGACAGCAGGUCAUCUUUCCUUGCCUUUGACAUGUGUAUAAAAUGACAUUGUGGGAGCUGUUUGAUUUUUUAAAGGUAGUCUUUCCUGAUGCCAAAUAGAUUAAUUUCCUUUCCCUCCACUUAAAACUAAAACCCACUCUUGCUGCUAGAAAUUUCACUGUAGUGUAAACAUAGUGUCUAAUAAAAUUUACAAUAGCCAUGAAGGAGAAUUUCUAUGAUGAUUAUAAAUUCAUCAUGUUCUCUAAAAUUUUGUGGGUUUUAGAGGUGAAAUUCCUCCAAACCAGGCUGAUUCUCUAAUCCCUUUUUUCAAAACCUGCCUGGCAAGGUCCUUCCCUGGGAAUCACCACUCAGACCAACCCAGACUAUACUUAGGGCCAUUAUAUCUAUAGAAUUCUAUAUCCAGGGGUGCUUGAGAAACUGGCUGCCUCCCACAAGCAACUAAAUACUGAUUUGAAGACUAGAUUAUCUUCAACUGGGACGGAAAGCGGUGUUAACUGGAUAUUGUUCUGGGAUAAGAGAUAAAGACCUUCUCUAUGACUUUUUUAAGAGGUAGAACCCACUGCAAUUGGGUAGAACACUUAGCAUAUAUAUAUGAUUGGUGUUUGGUUCCUUGUUCUAUGGUGUAAUCAUCCAAAGGCAAACAUUCCUGCAAACAGAUUUGUCUCAGCUUCAGGCAGAGAAGAAACCAUGGAAGAAGAUCUCCACUGACUAAUUCUUCUUGAGCUGUUUGUUUAAUAGUAGUGUGAUGUUCUUUGAGACCAUCAAGGAUGUGUGUGUUGACCCCCAGCUACAGCUCUGGGGAUUGAAAUCAGGGUCUGCUAACUAAUACAUGACAAGACAGAAAGCUCCUGACAGGCCACCCAAAAGCCAAGGCUCAUUAGCCAGUUGUGCAUUUACUUUAAAAAUGACACGAGGCAGAUGUUUAUCCAGGUUGUGGAUCAGCCAGGUCACUUUGUCCUAUCUUUGGCCACGUGAUCAUUCCACUGCUUUUUAACACCUCCAGCAGGGGGAGGGCUGGGACAAGGAGAAAAGGCAAGCACCAGGGAAUAGCGUAGUGUCUCAGGAUCCAAAGCAAGUUUAAAUGCCACCUAGAAGCAUCCAGAGUCUGAAUCUCCUCUACAAUGUUUACUUUCUCCCAAAACUGGGAACUGGUAGUGAAGAUAAACAAGUAGAGAAGCAACCAUGAUAUAGUAUGAUGAGAGUUAUAAAACCAGUAUGUAGAAAUGCUGUGGGGAACAUGAGGAAAAAUAACUAUCUCAAGCUGAGAAAGUAGCAGAGGAAAUUUCACAUGCAAAGCCACAGUUAUGAAAGAACCAUGGUGUGUUUGGGUGACUGUGAACAGUUCACAUAACUGCAGUGAAAAGGGCUCAGAGGAAUGGCAGGGAGUGGCAAAGAUUGGGCUAGAAGAGGUAUUUAGGGUCUUUGAGUUUUAUCCAGUAGGUGAAAAGAAGUCAUUAAAGCAUUUUAAUCAGGGAAGCCCUGUGAUAGCAUUUGCAUUUUAGAAAGAGCACUUUGGCAACCAAAAUGUGAAGGGUGGAUUGGAGAGGGACAAGACUGGGGAAUGGGGGAAUGAGGGAGAAGGAGGAGUCAAGAAUGACUCCAAGGUUUUGAGCUUGGCUAGAACCAGUGAGAUAGUGAUACUAUUGAUUAAGACUGGGAAAACAAGAGAGAAGCAGGUUUGGAGAGGAAGAUGCUGAAAUCAAUUUUGGACAUUUGGCUUAUGAUUUUCUACUGGUCAGACGUUGAUGUGGAGAUGUAAACACAUGUAGAGUUGGGAAGAAGGGCAGAUGAGAACAAAAGCAACAUUCGAUUAUGUGAACUUGCUUAAGAAAUUCUAAGCUAUUUGAUCUUAGGAAUUGAAGCCAGUUAUUUAAACACACUACACCAAUCUAGUACAUAGCAGUGUUUUGUUCUCUUGGCUUUGUGACAGAAAGGACUGUUGUUGCUCUUUGGAAUCUCCUUCCCAGACACCUUCCAAGUCUUAUCAACAGAGUAGAGGGGGGCUGACCACUAUUAACAAGUGAUAGAAGAUGUAGGAUAUCAGGUCUAUGGAAAAUACAAAAAAACAAUGAAACUGUCUCCUGCCAACCCAUUUCCUUAGCAAAUUCAAUUUCAAAACUAACCUUUAAAAAGAAAAAGACAACUUGAAAGCCAUUUAAAAAUUACCUCAAUUUUUAAAACUAAC